GUCUCAUCCAUCCAUUUGUCCAUCCACACUCACUCACCCACUCACACGAAUGAAUGCACAGACACGUCAGUCGGUAGUCAGCAUCAGAGUCAGUGUCAUCCGUCUCUCUACUGUGGCUACUCGCGUGUGUGGGUGCGGUUGAUGCACGAAGCGCACACGUCCAGCAGCGAGGCCAUGGCUGGUGGACAAGGCUGGCUGUCGCUGGGGUGAGGUGUUGGUCUGAUCCCGCAUCGCCGCCGCGCCUCGUCUUGCCUCGCUCGCAGCGACAGCCUCACAUGGUCGAAGACAUUGAUGUGCUGACAGAUACACACACACGCCACACACCAUUCUCUUUCCCUGUGUCGGUGUGGUGUGGUUGGGUCGACAGGCUUAUACGUACCUCGUUCCUGGCGUGUUGGAUCGUUUCGUGGACCCAGUUCUCUGCGGCCACCUGCAGAUGCCAGAGGGCGUCCAGGCCGGGCUGCGCGUUGAGGUCAGGCAGCCUGGUGCCCAUCACGGUGACCUUCAGGCUGACACACACACACACACACAUGUACACGGCGAUAAUGCAUGCGUCUUUGUGGUGUGUCUUAUGUGGGCUGACUGUGCGAUCACACACUGCUCAUACACCUGCACACACACACAGAAAGCCACACACACAUAUACACACACAUGAGCUGUCUGUCUAUGUUUGUGUGUGACUGACUGACAGACUCACGUGGUACGGAAACCGUUGAGGCGCUCCUCUGUAGCCGCCCUGCUCGCCCGCCUCGCCAUUUCUGCCGCUGUUGGUGCCGCUGUUGGUGGUGGUGGUGUCAUGUGCACAGGGGGCAGGUGUGUGUGUCUGGUGGUGUGUGUGGUUGGGCGGGCAUGAUGCGGCGGCGUGGCUGCUCGACUGGCUGAAGGCACUGACGAAGGAAUCCAAAUGGUCCCGUUCGACAGGCAGCAGGACGUCGUUGUAGUGGAGCAGGAGGUGGGACGACAGCGCGAGCAGGUCAUGGACGGCACUGGCCGACACGGCGCCCAUCUGACGCAUGGCUGCCUCGCGCUGCCCGAUCUCCACCAUCAGCUGUUGGGACUGGAUGUGGCUCGGGUCGUGCAUGGCGUGUGGCUGUGGCUGUGGCUGCACCUCUCCCUCUCCCUCCCCUCCCUCCCCACAGCUGUUGAUGUUGUCAGCGGUGCGGCGUCUCUGGUUGUAGUAGGUGCGUGCCGCAUUGACGAGCCAGUCGGGUGUGUUGGACAAGUACAUCUCACUCAGACGACAGGCGACCACCCAAAGCCCCCUGCACACACACAGAGACAACAGACGGGGAGAGAGGGGCAGUGAAUGGAUGGCGUUGCACGUGUAUGUCUCUGUGUGUGUGUUGUGUACGUGUGCAUCGGUGCUUGCGUACAGAUGUGCCGCACACGAUGCGAUUUUUUCCUUCUUGAGUGGCCACGUCACCUUCGUACACUCUGCACACACACACACACACACAGAUUCAUUCAACCAUCUGUGUGGUGUAUAUGAAAUACCAGGCGCCAGCAGCGAUCUGUUUGCUAUGAACUUGAGCACGCCGAGCUCCGCUCGCCCCAACUCCAACGUCGAGCCAGACUGGUACGCUGGCACCUGAUGACACACUCAUCACACCAUCACGAUACACACGUACUCGUGUGAGCCGUUCCCCCGUCUCCACGAUCGUGUGUGUGUCAGGUGACCUCGCCCUCGGUGUCUUGCUCGAAGAGUUUGGCGAUGGCUGUCUGGACUUGAGCCUCGGGCAACGACGACAAGAACUCCUGCACCGUUGUCAUCUUGUUGUGCUGCUGCUGCUGCUGGUUGCUGCGGCCGGCGACACUCUGGGGCGGGCGGCCGCGCUUCUUGGGCUGGGCGUGGCUCGUGUUGGUGCUGAUGUGUGUGCCUAUGUCGGUGUGCGAUGGGUGUGCCGGUGGGUGGAGGUCAUGGCUGCUGAUGGUGGUGAGCACACCCUUGUCAUCGUCGUCGCUGCUGCUGUCGGCCUCCAUCCCACGAUUCAUCCAGACCUCCUGCACACAGAAGAGACAGACACACCGAGACACGCAGAGACAAUCAAUCAAUCAAUCAUCCAUUCGUUGCCUGCCUGUGUGUCUGUGUGUCUGUCUGUCUGCAUGUAGGUACCUUCUCCAAGUCAUGCAGCAUGCUGUCAAAAUCCUUUACUACGGCCGUAGCCUUUCGCUCAGUGACCAUGUCAGUGACUCGCGGAAGCAUCUCUAUCACUGUCGUCAC